AUGGAGGCCCCAUUCUGGGAGUCAUACAUCCACGCAAACGGCAUCAUCAUGGAGACCUGCUAUGCGAACACCACCACCGCUGGAGCGUGCGAGCAAGGCAAUGUGCCCAUCGUAGCGGUGGACGCGCGGACAGCGGAGGAUAUCCAGGCUGCGGUUAGGUUUGCGGUGGAGCACAACUUGAGGAUGGUCGUGAAGAACACUGGUCAUGAUUUCAUCGGCCGGAGCGCUGGGCGAGGAGCAUUCAUGAUAUGGACGCACAACAUGAAGAACAUCUCGUAUGAUGCCGUAUUUGUCCCAGAUGGGGCUCCAUCUUCUGAAACUUACGAUGUGUUUACUCUUGGAGCUGGCGUACAAUGGUCAGAAGCAUAUACUGCCGCUGAGGCCAGGGAACACUUGUUGCUUGGUGGGAUAUCUUACGGUGGCUCUGUAGGUGCCGCAGGCGGGUGGUUUCAGGGGGGCGGACACAGUGCACUGUCACCCGUCUAUGGGCUGGGCGUUGACAACGUCGUUCAAAUGACUGUCGUCACCUCGGCCGGCGAUCGCCUUAUGGUCAAUGCAUACCAGCAUGCCGACCUCUUCUGGGCACUUCGCGGUGGAGGAGGCAGCACAUAUGGCAUUGUCACCUCUUCGCUGUGAGCGCUGCAAAUUCGUCUAUCUUGCGAGACGUAUGGCUCGAGACCUAUGCUGGGUUCCCUUCUCUCGCUGACGAUGGCUGGGACGGCUACGGCGGUGUCUCAAACUCGACUCUGUGGUUCAUGUACAUCUCCCCAAAUGUAGCGUGGUCCGAGGCGAACCAGACCUGGGAUCCGUUCUUUGCACGUGCAUCCAACGCGGGUCUCGAGGUUACGACCGCGCAGACGACAUAUCAU